UGACUGUCCGUGGGUGAAUGCGGACGAUUUUUUUUCCCGAAUAUCGAAAAUGAAGUUGGUUUUCGUUCGUGUGUUUUUGUGCUGUGCCCUUCUCUUUUCUGGCGUUUUGUGCAGAAGAAGAGUGAGCGGACGAAGAAGAACAGACUUUGAAGAUCUAUCCCAGUCGAGGAUUUCAGCCUCUGUGCAGCGAAUCAUCGAUGCCUGGGAACAACAAGAACAACAACAACAUCAAAUCGACGCCUGGGAACAACAAGAACAACAACAACAUCAACAACACCACCUACAACAACAUCAACAACAACAACAUCAUCAACAACAACAACAACAACAACAACAACAAGAGGAACAGCAAGUCAUCCAAAGUCAGACUCGGUGGGACGGAUCCUGGUUCCAACAACGCCCUGUUAAAGACGACUGCGUCUUCGGCUACGACCAGGUGCCCAAGAACCACAUUAAGCCACUCCUCCUGAAUUCGGACAACAAUGGCUUUCUCUACCCCGAGGAGGAAGGCGAAGACAGAAUCGUGGGCGUGCGGGCGGGGGCGUCUUUCACGGCCGCUUGCCCCGGGAAAGAUAACAAGCUGUUUCUGAACGGACGACGGACGGCCACCAUCACCUGCAGGGGAGGGCGAUUCCACUACGGCAGGAGGGCCUUGAGCUGGGAGAACUUGGGAUGCGCCGAGAAACCGUCUCCUAUCAUCAGAGAGGCUGGGACCUGUGGGCAAGGGGGCACCACCACCGUCAUCGGCUGGGACCUGAAGAGGGGUGUGUUCGUUCCCGAAAUCGAACUCUGCUUCAACAAGGAACUCGAGACCACACUCUACUCACACCAUGUUGUACCUGGCAGACACAUCGGCCAGAAGACGGUGGAGCCGGGCCGCCCCUCCUUCAAGAAAGCCGACAUGUUCUCCUUCAGCAUCCAGAACUCGUACCGCAUCAGGAGGCAAAAGAGUCUCGCCCAGGAGCUGCUGGGUGACCCUUCUCUCCUCACCGGCAAAGGUCAGCAUUACCUGGCCAGAGGUCACCUCACGCCGGACUCCGACUUCGUGCUGGAGGCCGAGCAGGACGCGACCUACUAUUACGCCAACGCCGUUCCGCAGUGGCAGGCCAUCAACAACGGCAACUGGAAGAGCUUAGAAAAUUCCGUGCGAGACUUGGCCGAAAAACACGGGCGCACGUUAGAAGUCUGGACAGGAACCGCAGGCGUCUUGGAGCUCCCGGGCAGAAGGCAGCAGCCGGUCAAAGUGUACCUCGGCCUCUCCGACAGCAAGGAGAUUGUUCCUGUUCCUGCGUACAUGUGGAAAGUGAUCUACGAGUCGUACGCAAACCAAGCCGUGGCGGUCGUGAUGGUUAACAACGUCAAUGGCCAGGGAGCGGCAAACCAGGCACCCCCCUGCGAAGACAUCUGCUCCUGGCUCUCCUGGGUGGACUGGGACGUGGGGGACGCGAGCAGCGGAAGGACCUACUGCUGCUUCGUGGACGACUUGAAAUCCUCCUUUGAGAACGUGCCUGAUCUCGGUCGGGUUAGACUGCUUAGCAACUGAAGUCCUCGUGGGGAUUGGGCUGUUGAGAGGAUAGUAAAGGGACGAAAAGAAGUACUUCAGGGAUAGGAAUAUUGAUAUAUCAGCUAAGGGGGUCACUGAAAGGGGAGGGAAUUGGAAUAUUAAUAAAAUGAUAAAGUAGUUGAAGUCCUCGGGAGGGGGAGGGGGAGUGAUUGGAGUAACGAGGGAAUAUAGAAAUGAAUAAGUAAAUUCUGUAGCCAUUUCCUAAAUCCCGUGGCAGUUGUCCAGAACAAUGUGUGUAAAUGUUUCUGUGCAAGUGUUUGUGUCUGUUCAUUUGUAUAGUCGAAAAUUAAUAUUGAUUUGAAAUUUGUAACAAAAAAAAUGUAUUUGUCCUGCAUCAGGAUACCAAGUUAAUUUUCAAGUGUGUUUGGAACGAAUCCUAUUGUUCUGUAAUUAGUAUUAGAAUACCAGCAUCAAUUUUACUUUUAACAUUUUACUUUUACUUAUCUUGAUGUAAUAUAUAAUAACUAGUAUUUAAGGACUCACCAAACAAAAACUGUGAAUGUUGAUUAGUGAUGAUAUCAGAUAUAAAUUAUUAUCCGAAAUAAAUAAAGUAAAUAUGUAUAGUAUGCAGUGUACAAAGGCUGUAAGGGUUAUGUAAUACAGUCCUGUCCAGUGCGAUGCAAUUAUGACUUUGAAAUUUAUUUUGGCAAUGCUUUGAAAGAAACCUCUAUAUUUACCAUGUACAAAUGAUAACGAUAUUUUGUUAAAUAAACAUUUUUUU